AUGGAAGCCCUGCUGCCCAGCCCUGCCUCUAGUGACGAGAUGGUGUCUUCGGCUUACUACGGCCACCAACUGGCAGUCGCCUGGUCGGCGACGCCUCUCUCUGCUAUGCCUGGAUUUUGCACGAGCCACGGAAGUCAUGGUUUCAACCCGGAAACCCCGUCACCCGACAACUCUUCCAGUUGGGAGUCCCAGCUCAGAUCGGACUCUCCGACCAGGGACGCAGUCAGGACGGUGGCCGAUCUAGUGCCCGUCAAAGAUCACUUCACUUCCCCGGCUGGCGCCACUGGCUGCGACGUAGACCCUACCGCAGUCGUGGUCUCUUCCACGUCGACGGCAGCGGCCGGGUCCGGCACUUGCAGUGGUGUCAAGAAAAUGUCUUCAUCGCACCGGGAAAAGCCGCCCCACCUGGUGGCCCGUAGGAACGCCCGCGAGCGUCGAAGGGUGCAAGCGGUCAACAGCGCCUUCUGCAGGCUGCGCAAGUGCGUGCCCAUUGAGAACAGGGCCAAGAGACUGUCUAAGGUGAAGACAUUGCACAAGGCGAUAGAAUACAUAUACGCUCUUCAAGACCUCCUCAACAAGGCCGACGAGGACGCUGGAGUUAGGGUGGUUGCAGUUCCGAACACAGCACAUGUGACCGAGCCAUGUAAGAGUGAGUCGCCAGUGGUGAAAAACAAAGUAAGCGAACCCUCAUGUGACCAGCAACGAUGGAUAAAUCUGGAAAACGUCGACCGAAACACUGAGAGUUACCAAGGUUUCGUCAACUUCUACGAACAGUUUCCGACAGCGUAUGCAACUUGAUUGCGUCCCAUAAGAGACGCCGUUAGUGACGUCGGCGUAACACUGACGGACAGAUGAAGCGGUGCCCGUGCAAUAUGGACCUGAAGCGAGCUACGAAGGAAGGAAUGCAGUAAUAAAGAAGCAACU